AGGCGGAGCGGAGGCGGGGCCUGGGGCUGGUAGAGGCUCUAGUGGGUAGGUGGGUUCAGACAGAGGGGACUACGGGUCGGCGUUGGGCUCAGUGGGCUCGAAACAAAGGACUAUCCGGUAGGGACGCGGUGCGGCGCCUUCUGACGGGUAGCUGAGCUUCGGAUCUAGGCUUCGCGGCCAACCAGUGCCUUCGCUGCGCGGUCCCAGUCGGCUUUUCCUCGGUUCCCCCGCAGCCAGCGCCGCGGUGGGGGGUCCGGCGCAGCGGCACCUGCUGCUGAGGGACCCCGAGGCCCGCCCAGGUGCUCAUGAUGGGGCUGAUCUUCGCUAAACUGUGGAGCCUUUUCUGUAACCAAGAACACAAAGUAAUUAUAGUGGGACUGGAUAAUGCAGGGAAAACCACCAUUCUCUAUCAAUUUUUAAUGAAUGAAGUGGUUCAUACUUCUCCAACCAUAGGAAGCAAUGUUGAAGAGAUAGUUGUAAAGAACACUCAUUUUCUUAUGUGGGAUAUUGGUGGCCAAGAGUCCCUGCGGUCAUCCUGGAACACAUAUUACUCAAACACAGAGUUCAUCAUUCUUGUUGUUGAUAGCAUUGACAGGGAACGACUAGCUAUUACAAAAGAAGAAUUAUACAGAAUGUUGGCUCAUGAGGAUUUGCGGAAGGCUGCAGUCCUUAUCUUUGCAAAUAAACAGGAUAUGAAAGGGUGUAUGACAGCAGCUGAAAUCUCUAAAUACCUCACCCUUAGUUCAAUUAAGGAUCAUCCAUGGCACAUUCAGUCCUGCUGUGCUUUAACAGGAGAAGGGUUAUGCCAAGGUCUAGAGUGGAUGACCUCCCGGAUUGGUGUGAGAUAACUUUUUUGUUUGAAAGAGACUGCUCUAUUUAUUCUGUGACAUGAACAUUUUUUCCUAGUACCUUUAGCUGCUAAGGCAGCAGCAUGUUUAAUUUAUAACAACACAAACCUCUAUGAGCAACACUUGAAUCAAGUGCAGCUGAACUGGAACAUAAAAGAUUUUUUUCUUAACUUUUUUUUAAUGCACUAAUCUUCAGUUGGAUGAACAUAAUGUAUAACUAUGUUUUCAGCAACAGAAUUCUUCUGUUUAUUCUAAUUAUUCAGUGACUGCCUUUUAAGAAAUGUUUGUCAUAUGUUUAAUGUUUUCUGAAGUAUUGUUAUAACCUUAAUGACCAAUUUCUUUCAAUUCUUGACCACCACUCCCUCCCAACCAGGUAAUUACUAGCUUGAUAGAGUAGUAGUGGAAGUCAUCAGGUACUGCUUGCAAACUUCUCCAGCACUAAAUAUUUGCUCCCUCUGUAAACCAUUUAUCUUUGGGAUGGAACUUAUUAUAUAGAAAGAAAUCUACCUAGAGUAUAUAUACAAGGAAGAUUAAACAUCACGAGUACUUGCCUUUAAACUUCCACCACAUAUUGCAAGUCAUGGAAUAAUUUUUAAGUUGCUAUUAGCGUGGAAAUUAAAUAGGCUGUUUAUUUAUCUAAAGGAAUUAAAUUCAUUUUUUUUCUGCCUACAACAUAUGGUCAAAAACUAAUCAAGGUUAAAUAUUUCUUUGAAAGCCCAGCUUUAAUGUUAAAUACUGUUUGUUGGAUAAAUCUGGUAUUUUAAGAGUGUCACAAUAUUCAAUGCAUAUGAAACUAUUGGUAGUUAUUAAAGCAUACCAGCACUAAAAAUAAAAUAAGACACUUAAAAAUAUAUUUUACUAUAAAUUUAAAAACAACUUUAUUAUCAGCAAAAAUUUUAGCUGUUCUAUUUAUAUAAAUAAGAGAAAUCACAUCUGCUUUGGGCAGUAAGCUAAAGCUGAAGUAUGAAGAGUACAUUUUUUUUUUUCUUAAAAUUUGAAAUUGUGUCUGUCAUAGCAUUUUUACCACCAGCAGUAUAUUACCUAAAAAAACAUGUGGCUUUCCUUGAAUCUGUUCGAGGGUGUUAUGUAAUAGAUUUGAAACAAUUGCCAUCUUUGUAGUUUUGCCUUGAGCUCUAAAAUCUUAUAGGAAACUGCUGAAUUUAAUCCUAGCUUUUAGAAUAUUACUAUGAGACUCAAAGUUAUUCUUAACAACUCAUAAAUUAAGAAAUAAUUAAAGUGAAGAAAAAGUCAUAAUCAAAAGAUUGAUAGCAUUAAAAAGUUUUUGAGACAGUUGUCUAAUAUAGACAAUAAUCUAAACAAUGCAUACCUUAAAUUAAGAGGGAGGACAAGUACUGUAAUUUCAAUCCUGCUUAUUCAAAUGUGUGAUUUUGCUGUAAUGAAAGGGAUAAAAUGCAUACUUAGAGAAUAAUACAUCAUUUUUUCAGUAUUUUUUACCUUGGAUCAAAAAUGAGAUUCAGUGUUCAUAAGAAUAUCAAAAUACCUGUCAAAGGUGGUACUUUGAUUUUAAUAUUUUUUAUUUGUAAGUUGAUUUAAAUUUCACUUUUUUUUUUGGUGUACUUGAUUUAUUAUAUUUAGUUAAUUUAGUCAGAUGUGGUAACAUUUUUCUGAUUUCUCUUUAGUGAUAGCAUACCCUUGAACUGAAAAAUGGCCAGAGGAAAGCUAUCUAGACUUUAGAAAAUAGUUGUUUAACUUUGUUUUGAACUUUUUUCUUAGUUAUUCUGUACCAAGUAGAGGUUAAGUUUAAUUUAGUUUUUAAUAUAAACCAUAAUCAAGAACAUGAGAGAAAAACAGACAUAAAUCAGUAUGGAUACUUGUGGUGUGUACGUAAGGGACUGGGAGGGAGGGGACUGAGAAAAUGCCAUUUACCUGAAGCACACUUUGCCUGAAUUUCUACUUGGUUAUAUUGUUUACCAUAAAUACUUAGGAUAAUUCUCGUACGUCCUGAGAAAAAGCAUAUUUAGUACUCCUGUAUUUGUUCUUAUGAAAUGAUUAUCUGCCUUCUUGUAUUUAGUAAGAUUGGCUGGCUCAAUUUUCUUCUAUCAAAUUAUAUGGUUAUUUUUUAUAUUACCACAUCAGCAUUAUAUUGAAAGUGUUUUUAAUAGUUGAUUAUAUUUUAUCAAACAACUAGUAUAGGCUCAAAUUUACUAUUUAAUUUUUAAAAUACAAUUAUUUUAUUUUGUACAUCCUUUUUUAAAAAAACAUUUUAUUAGUUUUGGAUUAGAAAUGAUUUAUGUUAGCCAUGUGUUGAAGAUUAAAUUGGCAUCCAAGUAGACUUUGUGCCAAUUGGGGAAAGUUCAAUUAGGAAAUUCAUGUAAGGCUUUUUAAAAGUAUUUUUUAUGUUUUCAUUCACUCUUUCCUGUUACAGUAAUAUGAAAACUGAUUAUCCUUUACUCCAAGAGAAUGUUUUGACCCAAGCAAGUACCUAAUACUAGAGCAUUGAUUCUGACAUUUAUUGUAUGUCAGCCAACGAUAAGAUACUGUCUGAUGAAAAUGUAAAUUUGUAAUUAGUGCCUUUAUUCACAUUUUGAGAUAAGUUCUCAAUUUUUUACUGUACCUGUUCUUUGGUCAUCACAUUAGCAGCUAAUUAGUUUAGCAAUUUGAGUUUCACCUUGCUCUUCAACUCCAUAUAUUGCCUAGCAAAGGUUGUAAUAAGUGAAAAAGCAAGGGACUCACCCACAUUACCUUCAGGAGACUAUUCUACCUUUUAUUUUUAAUUUUAAGCUGAAAUCUUUUUAAUAUAACUAAAAUGUAAAACUACCCUUGCAAGUUCAAAUACGGCAUUUUUCUUAAUUUUGAAUGUGUCAUGUUCUUCAUCUUUAAACCCCUCAUUCUUAUUGAAGCCCAUUUGAGAACUCUUUUAGAAUUAACAAGCUAUUUUAUAAGGGAAUAUACUGUAUAUUUUUAUUGUUAAUGUAAUUUAAUUCCUUAAAACCUGGAAUAUUUAUAUAUAUAAUCUAUUGAAAACUGAAGAUUAAAUAUGUAAUUUUCACUUUUAGUUUCUUGAAUUAAUAUGCUUAAAGGUGUAAUUACUUUUAUUCUAUAUUCAUUAGGAGAAAGAUAAUAAAUUCAAAUUUCAUUACUGAAAAAUUUUAAAUGGAUACCACCCCUACAGCCAUAGUCAUUUUGGUUACACAUAAUUUAAGUUUCAUUAUCUAUAACAGAAGGAGAAAAUAAAAUUAUUUUCCUAUGGAAACUGAGUUAUAUAUAUAUAUAGGCAGUGCUGUAAACAAUAUUCUCUGAAGAGCUAUGGGAGUCACAAAGCAAAGAUAAUGUUAAAGAAAACAAUAAAAAAGCUUUUUUUAAAAAAAUCUUUUUAGUGUAGUAUCGUAGGACAAAUUAUAAACAGAAUUGUUUCUAAAUGAUUAAUCCUUAACUAUGUAAAAUCACAUCAGUAAAAAAAUGUACUGAUAUGCUUCUGGAUGGAUGAAUUUCAUUAGAAUUUAUCCUUGAAGACUAACUUUAUGAGUCUAACUUUUCAACUGUGGCUUUGGUCUCACAAAACUUCACAUCUAAUUAUAUUCUAAAGGAUCUUUUGCAUUUUAUUGGGAUUAAGUCACUUCUAGAUGCAGCAUCUUAUCUUGUAUCUGAUAGAAUAUUGUUCUGGCUAUCCAAUGAAGUGCAUUUGAAUCUAAAUUUGGCCAUUUGUCAAUUGUCUAAUUGACCCUGGACAAUUACCAUCCAUGGCCUUCCUUUUAUUUUUCCCAUACUCAGAAACUUAAGCUAACUAGAACUCUAACAAGUCUUCUGGUUUUAAAAUUCUGAAUUAUUAAAAGUUAAAAACCCCUAAAAUAUUAGGGAAAUACACAUAAUAUGAAAUUCAUUUUUAUCUGUUACUCAUUUAGCAAAUGAAUACAAUCAAGAAGGGAAAAAAGUUAGCAGUUAGUACCUGCUAUUCCACUUUAACUGAAUGAAUAGCUAAUGACAGUGCAAAAGAGAAAACAAGCGAUAUUGCUAAGAAUAUAUUAAGCUGCUUAUAAAGCACUCAUGUGUUGGAAAUAGUGUUCUAGAGAUUUUACCUUGCUUAUUUUCCUGGUUUUACUAAUUGGAUGGAAAUGGUUAGUUUGUUCAGAGUUUAUUGCCUUUGGGGUCACCCCAAACUACAGUUCUGUUGGACUUUCCAAUAUUGAAAGGAUAGUGUAGCCAGGAUGUCAAUAUUUUAUAAAUGUCUGCAUAAAUCUGAAAGUGGUUUAUAGUCAUUGUUAGUUUUCAAGUAGUGUCUCAUCCUUAUUUAUUUAGUAUUACUAUGAAGACUGAAAUCCAAAAUCCAGGUUCCCAAAAAAGUAUUUUUUAAGAAUUCUAGGUGGCCAAAGCCAAAUAGAAAAAGUCAAUAUAAAAAUAUGUUCAAGUACUCUAUUUUAAAUUUAAAGUAGAAAAAAAUGUAUUCAACAGAAGUAAAGUCAGCUUUAAACGUGGCAUAUGUUAAUUUAGAGUUUUAGAGGCAUAUCUAGAAACAAAGUCAAAACACUUGAAAGUAAACACAAACUUGGAGUAAGAGAAUCUUCAAAAGGAUAUUAGGUAAGAAAACGUGUGAAUGAAAGCAAUGAAUUUCUCCUCCUCCCCCUAUUUAAGGCACUUAAAAGUACUAGAAAUUAUAGUCUUUUACUAUGGAACUAGAUGGCCUAUAUUUUUAAUGUGGCCAAAAGAUUGAAGACUGAUUAGGUUUUUAGAAUUUGGAACUGUAGUCACAUAGAGGCAUCGUUUGCAUUUUUAAACCAGUAAUCUACAUUUUCUCCUGGAAAUGAAGAAAUAUUAAAAUGUGCUGUGUAUAGCUUUUGGAACAAAAAACAAAGUUUUAAAAGAAUGGAAAUGUUUUCUUGCACAACUCGUAAAAUUUUAAUUAAAAAAUUACCUCAUUUUUCAAUCCAUAAGGUGCUUUGCUCAAGUUGUGGGAUGGUGCACCAUCCCAUAAAUACCCCCCUCACCCAAACUGUAUUUGAAAUAUGCAAAAUUCAUAGCUAAGAGAUAGCAUUCCUUGGAGUUUUUGUUUUAUUUUAUUCUUUACCACCAGCAGGGCUAACAUGAUAUAGAGAUUAGAUUCACAUACGCUUUUCAUUAAAGCAUAUGGGCAAGUGCUCAGUCAAUAUUUAAUUAGUUUAAUUAAAUAAGGAAAAAUCCUUGAAUUUGAUUGAUUCUAUUAUACUGUGAAUAUAUUUCCAUCAGUGUUGGUAAGAUAUCAAAUGACUAUCAGUUGAUCUCUACUAUAAAUGAUUUAUUUGCAUGUUUUAGCCCUAUUCAUAAUAGAAUAUAAUCAUUUUCAUCUUCUUACAUUUUCCCUCAGGAAAUUCAGGGACUCUGAAGCCCCUAUUUUAUUCUCUUGGAGUAAACUGUUCAGUGCAGUUAUAAAAACUUUUAAUUUUUAUUUUAAAAAAAGUUUAGCUGCUAUUUCAUUGAAAGUGUGAAAUAAAAUGAUGGUCAUGAUUUUUUUUUCAGUUACAGAAUAGUUAUAAAUUAUACCCUGAUUCAUCUAUUCCACAGAGCAUAGUUUUUUAAAAAAGCAAAAGGAAAAGAAACAACAAAAACUAAAAUCAUUUACAGCCUUGCUCUUGCAUUUAUUCUAAUCAGAGUGUAAUGAUUUUAAUCACACAUUGCUAUCCUAACAUAAAUUGGUGCUUUAGAGCAUUAAAGAGGAAGCAACAAGCGCUGUAUUCAGUAUAUUUCUUGCCUCAGAAUGUAAAGCUACUUUAAAAUGUCUGUAUUCAUAUUGGUGUGCAUUUCUUAAGAUUUAAAUGCAAACUGCUGUUAUCCCUUAAGACCAGGCUUUCUGCAAAAGCUCUAAAUAUCUUAAUCAGCCUGGUUGAAUAGAAGAUUAUAUUAAUAAGGUCAAAAUUAUGAAGUGGGUCCUAUGGUAUUGUGCUGAGGGGAAAAAAUGUUUUUCAUGCCACAAAUUGUGCUUCUGAACCCCAACUAAGCAACUGAAAUAUAUAAGUAUUAACCAAAAACAAAAAAACAAAAAAAAACUAAAACCAAACAAAUUAGUUAAUGCAUUCACAUCAUCACUUUUUGAAAAUGGUUCAAAGCAUGUUUUUCUAAUGGUGGGGUUGCUUAAAAGACAUGUUUUAAAAAUUUUAAUACUUCAUUACUGUUAUGAAAUGCUUUUAUGUGUUAAGUUUAGGUUACUGGUACUCAUGAUUUUUUAUUUCUGCAAUCAUGUUAUAAUGAGUUGCUUGCAUGCCUACUUACCCAAGUAAAAGGAUGCUGUUUGCUCUGGAAUGUUCAUCGUUUAGACAGGUUUUCGCUCAUUUGCAAUCAUGGUGCAAUAUAGUGUAACAUUCAUUUGUUUUCAGUCAACAGUUUUAUUUUUGUCAUAAUAAAUAAUUACUUUUCCAAUA